CACCGGCACAUUGUCGUAUGAUGUCUACCACCUUGAACUCGAUUAUCAUCAUCGCAACUAUAAUACUCACCAUCUUACAGGAACUGGUUAUGGUGCGGGCCAUAAUUGUAGAGCGAAAUCUGCACGCUUAUUAUAAGCUACCUGUAAAUCCAGAGGAAUACUCACAAGAAUACCAUAUAUUGCAAUGUCCCUACCGAAACACCACAGCUAUACCCACACCGGAGAAUAUGGACAUUUGUGUAAUUGUUAACGCUUAUAGAGAGAAAGUGAAAAACGCGACAACAACUGCACGAACAAAAAAAACUCCAUUACAUACAAAAGUUAAAUACCAAAUGACACGUAGAUAUCGAGAGAAUCCCAAACGGUUUGGAAAAAUAAGAAAAAUACGACCGUAUAUGAUAGUAAUCAGGCCGGUACGAAUGAAAACCGAAAGCAGUUGCGUCUUAGUAGCCAAAGCUUUGGCCCAACAACAACAACAAGCUCCUUCGUAUCAUGAACAUUUGGGAAUUGUGAAAAAGGACAAUAGUCGUACGCUUGACCAUAGAACAGCGCUGAAUAACCAAAACCCAACGGACCAACGAAUGGUCGAUACAAAGCUAACUCAUGUCUUCGCGAAGGUGACGCCAAUUACGGAGAAUGCGAACGAGGAAGAAAAUACAGAUGAAGAAGAUAGUAAAAAAGAGGAUGCGGUUGCAAAGGAAAGUAACGAGAUGAGCUCACCAAAAUCGUCCUAUGAAGAAUUCACUGAUUAUGACACUCGUGUCCUAGGAGAGAAGAAUCUACCGGGAAACUCAGUCUUGAGAUAUCUUGGUGCUCAGGCGGCUAUCAGAAAACUUGGUCAAAGACAUGCAAAAGAUCAGCCUACUAAUGAGCAUGCUGAAAGGUUUUUUGAGGAGUCUAAUAAUUAUCAAGGUGGUGAAAAGCUACAAGGUUUUCAAAACUAUUAUCAUCGGGAUGAGAUUUUCAACGAUCACAUCUUUUAUGAUGAUCUUCAGCAGCAUGGACACUACACUGAUCGUGGGCGCAGACAUGAAAGUAACUAA